AUUGCCGGGCAAUACGGGAGGACUGCCAAAAUUACCUCUCUGAAAGUGAUAUCAAAGGGCUGGGCGGUUUUUUGCGGGGUUUUCCAAAAACGCGCCAUACGUUUCAGACCUGAGAUAUCCACUUGUUACUGCAGCCCGGCCAUCCACAACCUCUGUCCUGCCCGAGAUCCCGACAACCUCCCGGCAUCCGGCUGCCGAUUCCCACAACCACGCGAAACUCACGCUCAUUCAGGAUUAAGUCGCCCCCUUCGACGCCGUGGGCAUUGCGCAGCCCAGCAGCCCAGUUUCGUCGAGCGCAUCAAGCCCGCCGCGCUAUCUUUGAUACCAGAUAACCAUAGACCAUAUCGCACUUCCGCGUCAUCCGAAACCAGAUUUCGCACAGCCCAGAGCGACCAGCGGCUCCUACAUCGAUCCCAACAAACUGAGACAGAACACGACCAUUCACACUUUAUAACCAACGAGUGAAGAACCAUGGCCGGAGCAAAGAACCGGCGCCAGGGCGCCGCAACAGCCUCCUCCGAGCUCAAGGGCCAAGAUAACGAGGCCAUGCAGGGCGCCAAUGGCAAUGAAAAGGUCCGCACAACCGACACUGCCGCCGCCGACGAGUCUCAGGAGAACAUCUUUUUACUGUGGCCAAACAUCAUUGGCUACUCCCGCAUCGUCCUCGCCGUCGCCUCGCUCUAUUACAUGCCGCUGCACCCCCGCACCUGCUCCCUGUUGUACACCGUGUCCUGCUUACUCGAUGCGCUCGACGGCUACGCGGCGCGCUACUUUGAGCAGUCGACCCGCUUCGGCGCUGUCCUCGACAUGGUGACGGACCGCUGCACCACGGCCUGCCUGCUCGUCUUCCUGUCGUCGGCCUUCCCCCGCUGGGCCAUCCUCUUCCAGGGCCUGAUCUCGCUCGACCUGGCGAGCCACUACAUACACAUGUACGCGACGCUGGCUAUGGCCGGCUCCGAAAGCAGCCACAAGAACGUCGACGCCUCGCGCAGCCGUAUUCUAUCACUGUACUACACCAACAAGACGGUCCUCUUCGUAGCCUGCGCCCUCAACGAAGCCUUCUUCAUCGCGCUAUACCUGCUCUCCUUCUCGUCCCCGUUGCUCUCGCCGUCCCUCCUCCAAACGGUGCCGGAACCAGCGGCUGAGGCGCUCCACCAGGGCGCGCAGGUCAACUCUUCACUGCUCAAGCUCAUCUUUGCCAACCCGCACAGCGCCGGGGCGCUGGAGCUCGCCCGCGCCAACAAGAUGGACAGCUUCUGGCCCUGGGUCCUCGCGGGCGUCAGCUUCCCCGUCAUGGCGCUCAAGCAGAUCAUCAAUGUUGUGCAGCUUGUCAAGGCGUGCAAGUGGCUUGCCGAGGGCGAUCUCAAGGCGCGUAAGGCAAUGGGGUUGCCGAGGAAGAGGAAGACUGCUUGAAAUAGGGGUUAAGUCACUUUAUUUUCUGUUUUGCCUUCAUUUUCUCCUAUUUUUCUUCUUAUUUUUGCACAGAAGAGACGGCGGGUUUGUAAGGGCAUCGUUGGGGGUUGGGAUGAUGUUUCAGAAGAAGACCGAGGUGCUGUAAGCUAAUUGAGGGAGGCCAGCUGCCGCAAUUGGGAACAUGGUUGAUUUUGUCACGGUUAUAUGGGCCUGUUGAUGGGUUCUCUUCGGCGUUCCGUGGACGAGCGGUCAGGUG